UGGCGGCGUCGCCCUUCGCGACGGGGUCUCCGGCGCGCCUCCCGGUGGGUCGGCCCUCAGGCGCCGCCGCCGCCGCCGCUUGCCCGGCCGCCCUCGCGCUCGCCUUGCUCCUCGCCUCCCGCCUCCCGCCGCCGCGGGUUCGAGUCCCGGCCUCGGCCUGGCGGGUCGGGGGCAUGAGGAGGACGAGAGGCCGGGCGCCGCGCGGCAGCACCGCUCCCCCACAGCAGAGGCCUCCGCGCCGGAGGAGGAGGCGGCGGCGCCCCGGAGGACGACCAGGCAGCCCGGCCCGCCCGCCGAGAAGCCGCUGAGCCCGCCCGCGCCAUGUCCCUCCUCUGCGUCCGCGUAAAGAAAGCAAAGCUGCAGGGGCCACCAGAUAAAUUCAAUACGUAUGUGACCCUGAAGGUGCAAAAUGUGAAGAGCACCACGGUUGCUGUUCGAGGGGACCAGCCAUGCUGGGAACAAGACUUCCUCUUCGAGAUCAGCCGCCUGGACCUGGGCUUGAUCGUGGAAGUAUGGAACAAGGGGCUGAUCUGGGACACAAUGGUUGGGACAGCGUGGAUUGAACUGAAGGCCAUCCGGCAGGCGGAUGAGGAGGGCCCUGGGGAGUGGUCUACCCUGGAAGCCGAGGUCUUGAUGAAGGGCCAUGAGGUCUGCGGCACCAAAAACCCAACACCUCAUCAGAUUUUGUUGGAUACAAGAUUUGAGUUGCCUUUUGACAUCCCGGAAGAGGAAGCCAAAUACUGGACUCAGAAGUUAAAGCAGAUAAACUCCUUGGAGGAAGAUGAUGAGCAUUCGUUUGCGGAAGAGGUUCAGAAGCAGCCGCUGCCCACUGCUGCCUCCCAGUGUUGCAGCUGGAGUUAUUUCGGAUGGGGAGAAGAGCAGACUUUUGAAGACCACGAUAGUGCUGUGGAUGACAGAGACAGCGACUACCGCAGUGAGACCAGCAACAGCCUUCCUCCCCAAUACCACACCACCUCGCAGCCCAAUGCUUCGGCGCACCAGUUCCCCGUGGCUUCCCGUCUGCAGCAGCAGGGGGUCCCCCGAGAGUGCUGUGUGGAGUCCCUGCACAGCUAUGAUUUGGAUUACCACGAACGAGCAGCCAUCAGACCAGGAUCUUUAGUUAGCAAUGGGAAAGUCAGGAUCAUUCCAUUUGAUUACGAAGUUGGCCAAGAACAGGAAGAGUGUGAAGAGAACUAUGAGGAAUUAGGCAAACAGUUAAUAGAAGAUUUUUUAGAAAAAAGUCACAGGACCAGAAGUUCACAGGGACGAAAGAGCCCCAGGCUCUCGAAAAGGGAGAACUUUGGCCAUCAUGAAAAAGCAAGAUACUCACGGAAGGCUUGCCCAGAAUCAGGAAAUCCCGAUGUUCCUUGCUAUCCAGAGGAAUAUGACACAAUAGACAGGAGAAGAAAGAAGAAGCUGAGAUAUAACAAUUUUGAAGAAUGCGAGCGAACUAUACUGCAAAGCAGUGGUAACCGGAGAUUUUCUUCAGGCAGCAUUAAAGCAAGAACUGAACAUAACCUAUAUCCUGAUUAUGAUGAAACUGAGAAAUGGGGCAUCAGCCCCAUUGAAAGUGAAGAACAGUUACCGGAAUAUCCAGUUUUGCGUCCAUACAAGAAUGGCCUUCUAGUCAAGAGUGGCAAGUUGUCCGCUAACCAACGUGCAAAGCAUGACUCAGGAUCAGUCCAUUUUGAUGGUGAAAAUGAGAUCCAUUCAGAACAGCCAGCUCCCUCUUUUGUGCCAUUGGGUGCCCUUAAAGAGUUUGGCAGCUGUUCAUCCGGCGUACUCCUGUACUCCCCAGCUUCGGAUGAUGAUGAUGAUGAAAUGGAAGAAAUAGCAAUACUUUCCCAAGCAUGGCGUGAAUCCAGUGUUCGCCAUGUUGGAGACCUUACUGACGUCCGUACUGGAAGUGCCAUAUCCCUGUUACCAAGGGACAAAAACUCACAUAGGACGAGAGGAGGAAAGCACGGCUUUCUUAAGCAAGACUUGACCCUCUCUCCUGUUGAAGAGCCGACGGAAGAAUAUGUGGACACAAUGGAUGAACUGCAGUGCUUGGUUGAAACUGUGUCUGAAUACUUAGCUGAAAAAGAGGAGGAGAUUAGCAAAUUUGAAACCCUUCCUGUGAGCAGAAACGCAAGCGAUUGUGCCUCUCCCAAACUGGCCGGUGCUGAUAAGUUGGCGGAGGAAAGUGCCCCUUUGGAGCAGGCCAAGCCAGCUGCUUCUGCUGCAGAGGAGAGCGAGGGCAGCAAAGGCAUAACAGAAGCAUUGCCAGACUUGUCUGGGGUGAAGAACACCGUCAGCUCCUUAUUUAGUUCUUUCACCGAAAAAGUGGGCUCAGGAACAAAGCACUUAACAGCCUCAGUGGAAAAACUUGUAUCUCCCACCCCAGAGAAACCUGAAGCCCCUGGUCAAUCUGAGGGAGGCAUCACAAGUCUAUUUUCAAGUAAGCCCAAGUCUGAGGGUGCCUCUCCAGAACUGAAAGCAGAAAGCAAACUGGAUGCCAAGCUGUCCAUGGCACCUUCUCCUUCUGUGACCCAGAGUAGAUGUGAGCGAGAAGCUGGUGAUGCCAAGGCCAGCAUCCCAGAAAAGGUGGCAGGAGAUGACAAGGCUCCUCCAAGUGCCCAGGAUGCUUCCGCAAAUGCUGCCCCAUCCUCUUCUCUGGACCCCAGCUCAGUCGUGAACUCCGUCUUUGGCAUGUUCAACCCUUUGAAAAUCUUCUCGGAAAAGGAAGCACCGAAAAAAGAGACUGCAAAACAGGAGGAGGCUGUGAAGGUGGAAGCCACGCAGGCCAGUGCUUCUGAAGCCAAGGCAAGUGGGAAGGCAGCUGAAGGCAGCGCGGGAAAACCCACCAACAUCGGGCCUCCCGAAACGAGCAAGAGCGAGGCAGAAGCGAGCGCAAGCAGCGGCCCCGUAUCCUCCAUCUUUGGCAAGCUGUCGAGCUCCGUUAGUUCUUUCAGCUUGAAAUCCAGUUUUGAGAGUCUGGCUGUUCCCAAGCAGCCAAGUGGCCCACAGAAGGCUUCUGAUGCGCCGCCGCAUGCCACAAGUCAGCCAGAUAAAGUUGCUAAAGAACACCCAGACAUGCCGAGAAAUCCGCCACCUGCAGGGAAAGUGCCGGAAAGCAAGCCAAGUGAAGCCAAGAAGGAGACUGGUAACGCUCCGCCGUUGGGGCAGGGGGAACCACCUGAGAGCUUUUUCAGUCCACUUAAGAAAUCCUUCAGCCAGUUGCUGCUCCCUUCUUCUGCUCCUGAAACUGUGCCAAAGGAGCCACCAGCGGGCUUGGGGAAAAGUCACCGUUCUGAAGAUGAUGUCAGGAAAACGAGCUCCGCAAGCAGCGAGCCCAAUUUCCCUUUCACCGGUAAGCUCCAGGUUCCCUUUUUGAGCGGUUUUGGCUUUUCAGACAAACCACCGCAGGAUAACAAAGAGAAGCCAGGAAUUUUCACUUCAUUCUUGAAAGCUGCUUCUGUGGAAAACUUGACAGCUUCAAAAGAUCAAACUGCCCCACCGAGUUUUAGUGACAAGCCACUAAAGGCUGAAGAGGGUCACAAAAGCAGCAACUUGGAAGCUGCCAAAAUGGACUCGUCAAAGUCUCAGGCGGUUCCUGAGGCACCACAGAGAAAAGAGGAGCCGACAAGGAAGAAAGAAACCAGUAAAGAAGAUGGUCUGGGUGCACCAAAAAGUGGAGAUAAAAACCAGGGUGGCUCAGACACUUCAAAAAUUGCACACAUGGAUCAGGAUAACAAACACAUGGGUGCUCUGGAUCACAAAGAUUCAAAAUGCAGGGGGGAGCUGGCAGCCCCCACAAAAGAAUCUGACUUAAAUACUACAGCAGGAAAGCCAGUGCUUCCUGGUGGAAUCAGAGAGGACAAGGUAAUGGAUGAUACUCAGAAGAAGGCCCCACAGCCAGGCCAGGGUUUGCUCUCGGGCCUCUUCCGCCGGGCGUCUUCAGACCACAUCACCCAUAAUUUGGAAGAGCCAAAUGUUAAAAAUGAAACGGACAGCCAGAAGAGCAGAUCAGCUGGCUUACUUUCUGGAUUAUUUAGGUUUGCUUCAAGUGAAAACGUGUCCGAAAGUAUGCCAGAUAAGGCAAAAUCAGGCUCUUUGGGCAUCAUGAAGUUUUUUGAGAGGAGCGAAGAGACUAGUUCUGGUGACAAGUCCAUUGGCUCACAUGUGACUCCCGGUGCCCAAGAAAGCACUGGGGGGAAACAGGAGACGGGCAGGUUCAUAAAGAACGUCAUGCAGAGGCCAAAUGAAAAAUCGGAGGAGGGAGUGACCGAGACUGCGAAGGCAAAUGGUCAUUUGCCUCACCUGGAACUGAGCAAAAUGGACAAUGGACAUGGUCCCCUCCCUUGGCAACCCGUCUCUCAGAAUGCUUUAAGCUCACAGCCAAAGAUACAAGUCUUAUCGGGGCAGCCAACCCUUUAUAGACAACCUACGGAUUCCAAUAUUUAUCAAGCAGUUCUCAACGAAAGGUCAAAUGAAUUUCUCAAUUCUUCUUUACAGAGUGCUAAACUGUAUGGCCACUCAGAGCAGCAUCUUGCUCUUGAGGAAACAAGAAGCCCCUCUAGCUUGGACUGGGAAUACGAUGCAGGAGCAUUUUCUCUUCAUGCCCACCAGGUUUCCUUGCCCGUUUACUACGUCUUGCAGCAGAAUUCUGUCCCACUGGCUGAGUUUCUGGAAUGGCCAGACUCUAAUGAUGCCGUGGUGAACUUGUGCAAAAAAGAUGGCAAUGCCAAUGUCGUGGAUUGGAGGUCAAAUGCGAAUUUUGAUGCCCUGAGCGUAGAUUUCAGUGUCAUGUCACACGAAUCGUUUGAUCAGUUAGACUUACAAGAUUUCAGUCUAGAAGAAACUGAAAUGUGGGCAACUCAUUCUCUGAAUGGAAACUUUCCUCCAUUUGAUGACUUCAGCUGUAUUUUGGAAGAGAUGCCCAUGGACUUAAGCUAUUCGUCGGCAUGUGAUGGCAAUAUGUGGACCUUAAUUGAUCAGGAGUCCUUGAGCCUGGAAGGCAGUUUUGUCUAUUCCUCUUACAGCCAGGAGUACCAGGACUGGCUGAUGCUGCUUGAGAAGGGCGUGUGGUGGCCAUCGGAAGAUGGUGAUUGUGGAUAUUACAUGUACAGGGACGGCCAGUUUGUUUAUUCUCUGCUCACCGACCCCACUGGGCAGUAUGUCUAUAUUUGCACUCCUGACACUUACACCUACCCAGACUACUGGGAUUAUAAUUAUCCACAGAGCUUUUUGCAGGGCACUGUCUUGGAAGAUGACAUGAUUGCCGUUUGCGGUUUCAAAGUGCCUCUUGGUAAUGAAGACGAGUUAUUCUGGUUUGCUGAAGAGGAGCAAUUGGAUAAUUACUCUGUAAACAAACCACUUGAUUUGUCUGUAGCUCUGCAGAGAAGUGAUCAACUUAUGAACAUGAAUUUAGAGACCUUUUCGCAGAUGUUUGAGGAGUCCAUUUAUUACCAGAGAGAGCAGCCUCUAGACUUUUCAGGGUACAAACUUCAAAAACUCAAAGUCGACUUUAGGCCUGAGAAAGAAAUGGAGUGGCACUCAGAAGAGCCUCCCCUCACACUUGACCUUAGAGUUCACUCCAGGGUGGCUUCCAGUGGGAGGCUAAAAGAUGAUGCUCUACCCAAACAUCCAGACAGGACCCCAGCUGUGAGUGUUUCCGAAAGUGGACAGUCACGGCGGUUUGGUUUCCAUAUAUUCCAAUCUUCUGCCAAGCCCGAGCCUUCACCGGCAUCUCAGAGUGUUACAGAAGUCAAGACCACUGGAGAAGAUAAAAAGCCACCUCUGAAUAAAGUGGCAUCUUUAUUCUCUGCUUUGGGUGGCCUGAUGGGUAAGGGUUUGGAAGCACAUGAGACAGUGGAAGACACGGCUGUGAAGAAUGGAGAAUCAGGGGUGUUGGGACACAAAAACGACGCUCUUCCAGCUACGCCACCCAGGAAAACAGGAGAGGAUAUGCAAAACCAGCAGCGCACUGAGCAUGGGCAAGAGAGAAAAGAGAGGGGCAGAUUAGUUAAGUCUGUUAGGGAUGAAAAGCCAAUGAUUUCUCAGAAAAAGCCUCAGCUGGUGAGGUCUUCCUCUCAGCUAAGCCAGGGUCCCGUGGACAGCAAGACCAGUCAGCUGGAUAAAAGCGUUAAGCCUGCUCCCCUCCCAAGUCAACAAAAACCCAAAGUGGGUGAGGAUGAACCCAAGAAAACCCAGCCAGCCCCCAGCCAAGCGCCCCCAGAGGCUGAGGGCACAUUGUUUAAAAGUGCUCUCAAGAUUCUUAGCCUGGGAGAAGACUCCUCCACAACGGCAGCACCCAAUAAAAGUCAAGGCCCCGGGUUUUUUGAUUUCUUUAAAACGCAGGUCAACAAAGCCCCACAGCCACCGCCAGCACCCCAAGCAAAUCUGACGAAAAAUGAAGCCGAGAAGAAAACGCCUCAGGAGAAAGUGGAGCCCCCAGGCAUUUCGUCCUUCUUUGGUUCCAUAGGGGAUCUUUUCAAAGUCGAUGCAGCCCCUGCCCCACCAAGUGCUACUGCUCCACCAAAGAGUGGAACCCACCCCUCACUGAAGCCGAAUGACAACGCGGACCAGCGUAGCAGAGAGCCAAGCAAGAGCGGCACUCCUGCCCCUCAAAUCCCUGUGGAGCAGGCUGGUGGGGAAGCUGCCAAGAGGCCCACAGUCUCUAAGGAAGAACAGCAUGGGAAAGUAGGCAAGGAAGCUGCUCAAGUGAAGAAGGACACCCCCACCGCAGGGAAUGCAGAACCCCAGCCUCCCAUGCAGGCAGGCCCUCGAAUGGACCAAGCAAAUCGCUCUCCAGGGCAGCGUGGCCAUGGACCAGCUGUUGCACCGGGACCGCAAGGCCAUGCAGGAGCCGUACCUGGUAAAACUCAGCCAGGAAAAGCCAGUCAGCCACCACCCAGGGAUUCUGGGUUUAGCCUGCCUUUUGGCUUAUCGCAGGCGGCACCUUCGAAGCCUCUGCAGGCACAGCAGCCGGCUGGCAAGAGCAUCUUCUCCUCCUUCUUCAGUGCCCCCGAGAAAGCCCCUGCCCCAGCCCCAGCAGCUCCUAAUGCCAAGCCCCCAGAAGUAGAGGGUCUGUUCAAGAUGCCUUCUUUCCUGUCCGGAGGGCCCAGCGCAAAGAAAAGUGUGCCUCAGAGCAGCUCCAGCUUCAGCUUUUUCAACCUGACCUCCUUCCUGGAUGACAAGCCACCGGCAGCUGCUCCUGAAAAGGGGAAUAUUGAAAAGCCACCUCAGCAGCAAGCAAGCAACCUGGGAAAGCCGCCUCAACAGCAAGCAGACACAAAGCCAUCUAUGAAGCAGUGUGUUUCUGUUGACUCUGGCAUUGGACUUGGCAAGCAGCAGGGCUUGAAGGAUAAAGAGACAGCGACUGGUAUUAUAGAAGCAGUACUUGGAAAGCAAGAGGCUGUUGACCCGGCCCACAAGGCAAGUGAGUUAAAAACUCCUGCGGCUGAGCAUGCUGCGGCAAGUGCUUCAGAAGUGAAGAAUGAGGUAGAGAUACCUUUAGUGGCCAGUAAACCUCCUGAUGAUGGUACAGAUAGAGAAGACCACUCAGUCUGUCCUGAUCCUGGCUCUCAGGUCCCUACGCUGCAGGAAGACACUGCACCUUCCCUUCUGGAGACUCCACAACCAGAGGAGCAGCUGCAAGACAAUGCAGAAAAGAGUGAUGGUCUUGUGGUGUCUUCUGAGAAGGAAUUUGUUCCUUCAGGUGGGAGCGAGACUUCUGAAAAGGCAGAGCCCAGUUCAGUUCGUGAUGAGACUCCUGUGGCUCUUGAGCCAUCUCCUGCUCCUGGAGACUUUUCACAGGAGGUUGUACCUGAAGAAGAACCAAGCGUCCCUGAAGUCAAGCCCCUGGAGCCCAAGCAGCCUGAUAGGACCCCAAAUGCUGCAGGAGAGCAGCAGGCUCAGGGCCAAAGACCUCUCUCUAAAAUGGCAGCAGCAACACCUAACCUGCAGGAGAAACCUAAAGAACCUGAGGGGGACAAAUCAGUUCUCGAUUCCUCAGUUGAAAUGUUUUCCAGCUUCAUGACGAAAAUGAAACCAACCAAGACAUUAUCUGGCUUCUUUUCCCAGCCUCAGACUCCAGCAGCUCCUAGUGCACAAAAGAGAAGCACUUCGUUUUUUGGCCUUUCCUCCCUGCCAACUGGGCCUCCCCCAGCAUUUACAAGUGAUCUCUUUGGCAUUUUUAAAGGAGCAGCAGAUGAGACCCUUUCAAAGCCUGCAGGGAAGACCGCAGGCACUUCAAAACCCCAGGAAAUGAGCUCCAGGGCAAAGGAGGCUGUGGGCCCAGGUCUUGCAAAACAAGAUAAAGCCUCUAGGGACGAACUUUUAGGGCCAAAUGCCGGCAGUGUUUUGAAACAACCAGACCAAACCUCUAGGGCUGAACCUACAGAGAAAGAAGCUAGCAGUGACUUGAGACAAGAUGCCCCUUCUGCUUUAGCAGAAGAGAAUUUAGGAAAAGAAUGUACGGCAGAAUUGGAAGCUGAAAGCAGCGGAAGACCUGAACAUGGUCUAGAACCCUCCCUUAAUGCUUCAGAAACUUUAGACUCAAGUAGGGAUCAGGGCCCUGGAGUGGUACAGCUGGACACAAACUUACUGGCAUUGGAUGAAGCAGGGAAGGCUGCUCCGUGUAGUCAAGAGGUACGUGAUGCAGUUGAGACAGCCACAGCGGUACUGCAGGAUAAGAGUGAAGGGCCUGUGGAGCACUUGGAAAAUGGUGCUGUGCCUGCUGUUGAAGAGCAACCAAGCCCGGCAUGGGAAACGGACGUUGGCCAAAUGGAUUUGGACAGUACAUGUGAGCUGGAACCCAAGGUUGGCGAGGCAGAUGAACACCUGAAACUGUCAGAACCGACGAAUACUUCACUAACCACUGAAGAAGUAGCUAUAAAGAAUGAGGCAGAUGUUGCUAUUUGCCCACCAGACACGUUUGGGACCCUGGAGAUGGAACCCAAAGCUGCUGCAGAUGAGGCCCAUGACUUGCUCCAUCAGGAUAUGGAAAAGCUCCCUGAAAUAAAACCUGAUCUUCCUCCUGAGCAGAAAGAGCCUCUAACCAUCAGCGAAGCAGCCUCAGAAGCUGCUCCCUUGAAAAGCAGUUUGGCUGGUAAGAGCAAGCCAGCCAGUGUUCCUACAGAGGCCAGCAGCACCAAGCCCAUGUUUGAAAUUCCAAGCAUGCCCACUUUGCCCAAAUUUGGCUUCAUGUCCUCCGCAGACAGCAGCAAGCCAUUUGGCUCCUUCUUCUCUGCGCAGCCGCCUUCAGCAAGCAAGCCUGCACCUGAGCCAGGCCUCAUGUCCAGCUUCAACAAGUUUUCCUCAAGUCUGUUUGGUGGAGGAAGUGAUGAGAAAGCAGGUAAAGUAGAGGGCGCUCCGGGUGCUGUGUUUGGAAAGAAGCUGGACUUCUCAUUUCCGUGGCAGAAAGAUGCCAAGGAGGCGGGUCUCAAGAAGGAACCAGAUGUGCCAACACCAAAAGCUUCCUCCAAACAGGAGGUGGCCCCAAUUUCUUCAUCCAGACUAGAUUCGAAGGCACCAGAAACGGUCUCCAAAGCUGAGGAACAAGCAAUGGAUGUGACCAGUGGUGACGGGAGCCCAAACCUCUCUGCCUCCGAUCAGCCGGCUGACAGUGCUGCUGAUGCAGACCUUUCUUCUAAGCAGCCCGACAGCAAGGGCAACGAAUGCUUAGAUGGUCCCACGCCUGACAUCCCACUUGUGCCCAACAAGGAGCUGGAGCUUGAGGUCUCCAGAGAAACGGAAGACGAGCCAAGCACCAUUUCCAGCGAGCCUCCUGGGCUCCCUUUGGAGGAACCAGCAGAAGGCGCCACGCAGGUUCAGGAUGAAGUAGAGCAGAAGGAAAGUGUCCCUUGUCCAGAAACGGAAACACUUGCUACUGGACUGCAGUCGGCGGAGCAGAGUAGCCCUGAGCCACUCAGGAAGAAAAGGCCAGUAGCCCAAACAGCAUGAUAAAUGGUGCCAACUUGUGGGCCAUUUAUAAUGCAAGUGCCGUAACAGUAGAUGCCUCACCUCGUAGAUCAGACUCCUCUAGGCUGUGUUUGGCAUUAGCAGUACCCAGUGGUAGGUAGAACUCUUAGUUGCUAGACUGCCCACCCAGAGCCCCUCCUGCCCUUCUCCUUCUCAGCUUCUGGUUUCCUUUGUUCCAAAAGGCUGCGAUGACUCUUCCCCUUUGCUCUCCGUUUGUGUCGUGUCCUUGGGAGUGAGCUGCUUUGAGUUUUAGUUUCAUUACCCUUCCAUAGCCUAAUUGUGUGCGUGAGAAAACAACUUGCACCUCUAGAUGACAUGGUGGGUGGCAGGGAGCUGCCCUUUUAGAGGAAAUCAGAGGCUCGCUGGGAGGCCUGGAGAUGGUUUGCAAAAAGCUUAGUUAGACAACAUACAAGGCAUUCAUGUUUUAAGAUGGGAGAGAGACCCAGGUGGCAGCAAAAGCUGUUUCAGGGGUUGCAGUUCAGUCACCUGCAGCAUAACUUUUCUACACCCAGAAGGGGAUUCCGACUAAACAUCAGGAAAAACUUUCUGACAGGAGCAGCUGUUGAACAGACUCCCUUAGGAGUUGGUGGACUCUCCUUCCUUGGAGGUUUCUAAGCAGAGGUUGGCUGGCCAUCUGUCAUGGAUGCUUUAGCUGAGAUUCCUCCAUUGCUGGGGGUUGGACUGGAUGGCCCCUGGGGGUCCUUUCCAACUCUACCAUUCUAAGAUUCUGUGAUUAAAACAUCCUCCCUUCCACCAGGACAAGUUAAACAUGGCCACAGACUAUUAAAGCUACUAAUGCGGAAACAUCCAGUUCUUGCUGCUCAGAAGCUGUUACUGCCCAACUAACAUGAUUCAGUUUUUCUCUACUUUUACCAGCUGUAUUCAGCGGCAUUAGCUGAAUGUGCUUUUCUGUGUUAGGCUCCUCAUUAGGUCUCCAAGCAAGCAUUAGGUGCCCUCAUUAGGUCUCCAAGCAAGCUGAUAACUGGUUUUCUGGUUUACCAUAUCUCAAAAACAUGUUUUUUUAUUCCGCAUUGAAGAGAAUUGCAGUGAUUUCAUGUUGCAGCUGUCAGUAUAUUACGUGACUUUUGCUCCCUGUUUAGCCCUGUCCAGGGGAUGAUUGGGGGCAAGUGUUCUUGCUGCCCCUCCCUAGUUACAGAACUGCUAGUCACUAAAGUCCUUGCUAAAUCUGCACUCCUCACCCUCCAUCUCUAGACAAUUGGCCCAGCAGGGAUCCUGCUUCAAGCAUUUUCCAAGGAAUAGAUGGGAUUUUCACAGUCCUCUUGCAGAUGUCUCUGCCUAUGUGGGCUGCCAAAAGCCAGGCGACGCUUAAAUAUUGGCAGAGAAGCAUUUGUGCCCCUUCCCUCUUAGAAUUCCACAAUGGAGAGUGUGUGUGUGGGGCGGGGGGGAGUGUCUUGUUGAAUGAACAGCUCCUGGUUCAAUAGUUCCAACCUUAUAAUAAUCAGUCGCUCCCAAGCAGCAACAGCAGUGGGCCCAUGUGCUGGAAGACAGGGCAGAUUUUUCUAAACAGCAGCUGCAACAGGAUCCAUUCUCAGCCGCUGGAGAAACUUAAGAAUGUGUUCAUGAAAUGGCAGUGAAGAUGAAACCCUCAUGUCCCAGAAUCCACAUGCAGUUGACAUGCUAGGGGCAAACGUUGUUGUAAGAAGGUGUUGAGCUUAGCAGCUUAGAGGUUCAAUGCACACAAAACCUUGGCUGCCAUUCUUAAUUUUCCUGUGGCCUGUAAACAAAUUGCAGCAGAUGAUGCUACCUGUUUCUGAUCGAUAUAACAAUAGGGUCCAGAGGCUUAGGCCCAGCACAAAAAUUGCAAAAACAAACUUGGAAGUGGCGGGCGACUGAGGUGUAGAUAGGAUAUUCUCUCUCUCUCUCUCUCUCUCUCUCUCUCUCUCUCUCUCUCUCUCUCUCUCUCUGUGUGUGUGUGUGUGUGUGUGUGUGUGUGUGUGUGUGUGUGUGCAUUGUGCUGUUUCCUGGUUGCCAAGACCUUUUGACUUACUAAUGCCUUGCUCUCUCACAGUCCUGCCAGCAGUAGUAAGUUUGGUUCCUCCUGUAACAUCAGUCAGGGAAGCUCUCAGCUGAGUGAGCUGGACCAAUAUCACGGGAGUGUGCCCUGCUCCGAACAUGAGGACGAGCUCGCAGA